ACUGCUUCCUGGGACUUCCUGGGACGCUCAGAGAUGAGAGAGGUAUCAAUAUUCACAUUUAACUCUUGGCAAGAAAGUGAAUUACCCAAAAUGUCUAUGUCUAAAUGGCUAUUUGUAAGUUUUGCUAUUGCUACUUGCUACAGCUCUUUACUUACCAAGUUUUGCAGAGAGCUUCAGCCAUUAAUGUAUUUACAGGACAAGAGGUUAAAAUACGCCCUCUGAGCAGAACUAUUUCUUCAUGGCAGACUGGACGCUUCUGUGAUUCAGUAUCAGAAAGUGACCAGACGGGCCAACCAGGAUGGAGCUAGCUGGUUAGCAUGCUGACUUCAGUAGAAGAAAAGAAGUGAUUGAAGUAGAAGCAAAACAAGAGCUGGAGACAGAGCUUUUGGUGUGGAUGGGUGUGAGAAAGAGAAAAGAGGACGUUGUCAACGGUGAGGACACGAGAAACAAUUAUUCUCAACAUUCAGCUGCGCAAUACAAAGGUAAGAUCAUCAAUGCAACUGGGAUUUCACUGUUUUGGUAUCAUGGUUACGUUUAAUUCAUACUUUCAACUUUCAACUUUCUUUUGUACAUACAACAAGGCAAUUUCAGCCUUGUGGUGUGCUACAACUUCUUCUGUGCAACUUCAGGUUGUGAGGGAUAUUAUUUCAGAGAAGGAGGUUAAUAAAUUGAUCAUCUUCAUUAUAGAAGGUGUGAAACAAGUUUGGGAAAAUUUGCUUAUUCAUCUGCAGCAGCGUAGUUCUCUAAACUUGUCUCAUGUAGUUUUUCUGUCGGGCUUUCCUCUUUCUUGUUUAACUAGUGACCUAAUAUAAUCAACUAAUACCAAAGCAUUCCUAUUCAAUUAUUUGCCAAAUGAUAAAUGAAUAAAUUCAGCACUUGACUAAUUGACUGAAUAAUUGACAUUAUUGAUUUGCUUAUUUUGGUAAAGUUGAAAUUUUCAAAUUUAAAUUAUUAUGCUGUGAUUCUACUUUUAAGAUAAGAACAUACUGUAUGCAGUUCAAAUGGAAGUAUAAAAAGCUGUUUACACCACAGCAGGGUUAUCCUCAGUGAAAGCCCUGAAACUGAAGUGCAGGUGGCAGGCUGUAUUUGUUAAGGAAACCUCAAGCUUUGGCAUUGUAACUGAACAUGUACCAGCAGGUGUGUGACAUCUGAGUGCGUGAGGCUCUAAAAGUGACAUGAAAAGAGCUGCUGCAGGUUUCUGUUUUCUUACUUCGUCUCCCAUCACUCCCCUCUCCAGUCACCGCUCUGCUAUGCCGCGGUCGUUCCUCGUCAAGAGUAAAAGGUCUCACCUCCUCGGCCCGUCGAAGAAUUCCUACAGAUCACACUCCAGGUCCCGAACGGAUGCUGAGCAGCCUGUGCAGCAUGUGAUGCGACAGGACAGGAGGCAUCCUGAAGAUGCUGUGCAGCCCUCGUCCCCCACAUUUGGGGUCAAAACCCUUCUGGCUGAAGCUUGCUCACAAUGGGAUGGGGUCCAGUUUAACAGCCCCCACAAAGAUGAUCCGUGGACUUCAGCAAAAAUCCCUGUGGAGAACAGAGAGGCUCCUCUGGCUGUGUCGCCGUGGUCGUCAGACAGACACCAGGCAUCUGACAGAGAGAGGGAACUGGAGAGACUGGUUUUCAUGCUACUCAACCACACAUCGCACACUGACCUAAAAUCCCCCGUCAGCCAAUGUCCACUCUGUGAAAAGUCUCUCUCAGAAGUCCUACUAUCAGGUGGCCUGCAGGCUCAUGUCUUCAACACAGUCUCUGUCCCACUGACAAGAUCCCCCAUAGCCACAAACAUGCCCCACAUGCCCUUCAGCUUCAGGGCAGUUGGCAGCUACAGUAGAGCGAAGGAGCGUAGCUUUGGCUGCAAGGUGUGCGGAAAGGUGUUCAAGCGCUCGUCCACCCUGUCCACACACCUCCUCAUCCACUCGGACACGAGACCCUACCCCUGCCAGUACUGCGGCAAAAGGUUCCACCAGAAGUCAGACAUGAAGAAACACACUUUCAUACACACAGGUGAGAAACCACACGUGUGCAAAGUGUGCGGUAAAGGAUUCAGCCAAAGCUCCAACCUCAUCACCCACAGCCGAAAGCACAGCAGCUAUCAGCCGUUCAGUUGCCCCCACUGUCAGCGCACCUUCCAGCGCAGGGUUGACCUACAGCACCACCAAGAGACACAGUGUGGCUAUGGAAACAUGUACACUCAGAACUGAGGCCAUGACGCAACUGAGUGAAAUGGGAUUUGUAAAUAAGUUGCAAUCAUUCAUAAUUGUAAAAGUCUGAAAAUAUGCAUUAAGUAAUGACAUGCAUGCUUAAAAAUGUUAAAUAAAACAGGACCGGUUUGCUUAAAAAA